UUGAACUUAUCGAAACGAACAUCAGAUCCUCCCAGACUUUUCCUCAUCAUAAAAUCAUGCUUUUCUAUUCUAUCAUCCGGAGCACACUCACCUCGAUUCAACUGUCAAAUGGAACUCGCAAUGAACCAUGUUUUCCUCCUCUUCUCUCUCAUUUGCCUUCCCUUACUCUCGUCGUGCGUGGAACACCAGGUACACAUAGUGCAUUUCGGAGAGCACGAUGGAAGCAAAGCAAAGCACGAAAUAGAGGACUACCACAUCUCCCAUCUAGCAUCAGUCAAAGGGAUUGAGGUUGAAGAGGCCAGAUCUUAUCUUCUCUACAGUUAUAAGAACAGCAUCAAUGCCUUUGCAGCAGUUCUCACUCCAAAUGAAGCCUCCAAGUUUUCGGGAAUAGACGGAGUUGUAUCGGUGAUCCGAAGUGAGCCGGGGAAGUAUUCUUUGCAAACUACAAGGUCAUGGAAGUUCGUGGGGUUAGAUGAAGAGAGGCAGCCAUGGAACUUUUGGGACCGUGAUAGAUUGGGACAAGGCCUGUGGAAGAAAGCCGAAUAUGGAAGAGGAGUUGUUGUUGGCCUUUUGGACAGUGGUGUGUGGCCAGAAUCGGAGUCGAAGAGUUUCAGUGACAUAGAAAUGGGGGCCAUCCCAAAAUCUUGGAAAGGAUUAUGUCAAACCGGACAGGAGUUUGAUUCAUGCCACUGCAACAGAAAGCUGAUUGGAGCUAGAUUCUACCUCAAAGGCUAUGAGCAACACUAUGGGCCUCUCAACACCACCUUAGAUUACCGUUCGCCUCGCGACGUGGAUGGGCACGGGACCCACACGGCCUCCACGGUCGGAGGCCAGAAGGUUCCGGGCGCCUCAGCCUUCGGCAGGCUUGCGUGGGGCACCGCCACGGGCGGUGCACCGCUCGCCCACCUGGCCAUGUACAAGGUGUGUUGGGCGAUCCCCCACAUGACCAAACAAAUGGAAAACACUUGCUUCGAGGAGGACAUAUUGGCCGCUCUAGACGACGCCAUCGGCGAUGGGGUCAACGUUCUGAGCCUCUCCCUAGGCAUCAAUAAGCCUCUCCCUUACACUGAGGACUCUCUAGCCCUCGGCACGUUCCUGGCGAUGAGAAGAGGCAUCGUGACGGUGUGUGCCGCAGGGAACUCCGGCCCCGUCAGGUCGACUCUAUCGAACACGGCUCCAUGGGUCAUGACGGUCGCCGCCAGCAGCCUCGACCGAGCUUUCGUCGGGCCUCUAAUGCUGGGAAAUGGAAUGUUGAUUGAGGGACAAUCAGUCACUCCAUACAGUUUGAACAAGUUCUAUCCACUAGCUUAUGCUGGAGAUGUGACUGCCACAGAUGUCCCCGGCAACAUUAGGGAUCUAUGCCUCCCCAAUUCCCUUUCUCCUGAGAAUGCACAAGGGAAGAUAGUGUUGUGUGCUUUAGGAGGCAAUGGAACGUCCUUUGACAAAGGGUUGGAGGUGAGAAGAGCUGGCGGCGUUGGCCUAAUCAUCAUCGACACCGUGAUGAUGGAGCCUGAUGCUCCGACCCCUGUCAACUGUCUUCCGACGACCAAAGUGGAUUUCGAUACCGCCAUCACAAUUCUCAACUACAUCAGAUCUGCCAAGAAUCCGGAGGCGAGGAUAGCACCGGCAGAGACAGUGAUCGGCAGGACGCCAGCCCCAGUUAUGGCCUCGUUCUCAAGCAGGGGCCCGAAUGUCGUGGACCCUAAUAUUCUCAAGCCUGACAUCACCGCCCCGGGAUUGAAUAUACUGGCGGCGUGGAGCGAGGGAGAUUCGGUGUCGAUGUCAGAGAUCAACCCGCGAACCGUGGAGUACAACUUGGACUCGGGAACUUCUAUGGCGGCCCCUCAUGUGGCUGCUGCAGCUGCUCUUCUCAAAGCUGUUCACCCCAAAUGGAGCAGCGCUGCUAUAAGAUCUGCCCUAAUGACCACAGCUACUCAGGUCAACACCAUGAACAUGCCAAUAACAGAGGUCACCGGAAAUGCAGCGAACUCCUUCGCAUAUGGAUCGGGGCAUUUGGUGCCACAGAGAGCGGCGGACCCCGGCCUUGUCUAUGAUGCGGCGUUCUCGGACUACCAAGACUAUCUCUGUGACCUCCGGGUAUCAUUCAGUAACUACAGCUGCCCGAGCACAAAGACCGUCUCAAGCAAUCUGAACUAUCCGUCUCUCCAAAUCUCGAGACUUACUGGCGCUGUCACCGUGAAAAGAACCGUCACGAAUGUCGGGCCAAACCAUGAGGCAGUUUACAUCUCGAAUGUGCAAGAGCCAAGGGGAGCUUUCGUCGCAAUCGAACCGGCAGAGCUGUCCUUUGAUCGCAUCGGCCAGAAGCGAAGCUUCACAAUCACGGUGAUAGCAGACUAUAAUAUGAAGAGUGAACUGGAUGGUGAGUAUGGACUAGGAUGGUAUACCUGGACUGAUGGGGUUCACAAUGUCAAUAGUCCAAUAGCAGUAUCUUUAGGAUAGAUUUUCUUUUUGCCCCCUCUAAGCUCGCUUUGCUAACCAAAGAGAGAUU